GGAAAUAUGUUUUGCAUGACUUCGAACAUAUAAUCGGUAUAAAAUUGCUCGCCUCUUCAAGGAGGGGGGAGGGGCAAGCAGGAUCGAGCGAGGGGAGCGAAUUUGGAACUCACAACUUUCAAAAAUGAAUGUUAAAAUUUGUUUUACCUGUAACUGGGAAAUAUUUAAUGAAACAAAAACAUAUUUAAAAAAAGAAAGAGAAAUUGAAAAUGCGUUUAAAGUAACUCGGUUCACAGGGUAAUUAAGUGGAUUAGAAAGUAACAAGCAUUUAUUAAGCACUUACUGAGGCAAAAACAGUCCCAGACCUCCAGUAACUCCCAUUCUUAUGCAACUGACCAAAACCAAGGUUCUCUGGCUUUUCCAUAGUUAAGAGCUCUUUCCAUUAGCUGUUUUUAAAAUUUGGCGAGGUCUCUUUAAGGAGGUGUGGGUCAUGAGCCCCUCCCUCCUCACCUGCCCUCCAUCAUCCCCCCCUCGUCCUGGAUUGGAGGUGGAAAAGGGGAGGUGACAGACUACGUUUCCCGGCAGCACUUGCCCAGGUCUCCCUGCGCCUGCGCAGCAUCCCGAUCGGCCGGUCCUUCGAGCUCGCGCGCUCGCUGCUCCCUUCACCUCCGCUCAUUCACGAGCAUGGAAGGGACAUCUCUUGUCUACGGCGCGCGGGAGCCCGGGACCGCCGCGGCCCCACCACGGUCCCGCCACCCUCCUCCUUCGCCGCCGGUGCUGGAGGAGGGACCGCCGCCUCUGCCCCCGCUGCCCGAAGUGGGCACCUCCGGCUGCUCGGGCUCCCGGCCCCCGGAGCUGGAGCCCGAGCGCAGCCUGGACGGCUCGAGCGGGAACUACGUCGACGAAGAAGAAGAGGAGGAUGAGGAGCUGGAGGAAGACGAGGAAGAGGACGAGGAGGAGGAAGGGAGUCGCUUCCCGCUGGGGCUGGACGGGAACAGGCUGGACUCGGAGGACGAGGACGAGCGUAUGAUUAGUCUCUCUGAGUUGACCCCGUACAUCUUGUGUUCAAUCUGCAAAGGAUACCUAAUAGAUGCUACAACCAUUACAGAAUGUCUUCACACAUUUUGCAAAAGCUGCAUCGUAAGGCAUUUUUACUAUAGCAACAGAUGUCCAAAAUGCAACAUAGUAGUACAUCAGACACAACCUCUUUAUAACAUCAGGUUGGAUCGACAGUUACAAGACAUAGUAUACAAAUUAGUGAUCAAUCUAGAAGAAAGAGAGAAAAAACAAAUGCAUGAUUUUUACAAAGAAAGAGGUCUAGAAGUACCGAAACCUGCUGUACCUCAACCAGUCCCUGUAAGCAGGGGGAGACCUAGGAAAGUUCUGGGGUCAGUGUUUCGUAUUCCUCCAGAACUUGAUAUGUCUUUAUUACUGGAGUUCAUUGGAGCUAACGAAGGCACAGGACAUUUUAAGCCACUGGAAAAGAAGUUUGUUCGUGUUUCAGGAGAAGCAACUAUUGGGCACGUUGAAAAAUUUCUCAGAAGAAAAAUGGGUCUCAAUCCAGCUUGUCAGGUAGAUAUAAUAUGUGGUGAUCACCUGUUGGAACAGUAUCAGACACUAAAGGAAAUUCGCCGUGCUAUAGGUGAUGGAGCAAUGCAGCUUCCUUGGACUGUGUUAUUUUGUUAUGGGAAUUUUUUUGAAAGCAUAGAAUCUGAAAACUGAAAAUAAUCUUUGAAUUAAAAGUGAAGUUAUUUUAAUGAAAAUUGAUGCAAAUCAGAACAACUCUGAGAUUUCACCUCAUACCCAUCACAUUGGAAAAUAUGACAACAAUUCAGAAAUAAUGUUGGAAGGACUGUGGGAAAACAGAUAAAAUAAUAUAUCGGUUGAGAUGUGAAUUGGCCCUGGAGUUCUGGAAAACAGUUUAGCAUUAAUUAAAAAAUAUGUUCCUACUCUUGGACCCAGCAAUUUUACUACUGGGCAUACGUCCCAAGAAGCUCAGAGACAGAAAGAAAAGCUCCAUAAAUGCCAAAAUUUUAAGAGCAGAGCUCUUUGUGAUAACAAAGAAUUGUAAAUAAAGUCAAAGUCCAUUAGUUGGAGAAUGGAUGAACAAACUGCUAUGUGAAUGUAAUGGGUUGUUAUUGUGAGGAAUUCAGAGAAACCUGGGAAAAUGUAUAUGAACUGGUAAGAGUCAUACGAACACCAUAUACAAUAACUACAAUAAUGUAAAUUAAAAGGAUGUAAAAGACAGAAAGCAAUAAUGGAAAACACCUCCUCAGAAAAGAAGACAUUAAGCCCAUAGUCCAAAAACCUGGUAAAGAAAAUGUGAGAAGCAGAGACACAAUAUCUCUCCCUAGAACUCAGAUGAAUCUGACGCUUUCAAUGUGAAGGCUACAGUGGAGGAUGAAAAACUCCGAGGCAGAAUUGGUGAUAGAUAGGUAGAGCACUUACUGUGUGUAGACACUGUGCUAAAUGCUAGGGAAACAAGAAAACAAGAUAGCCCUAUUUUCAAGGAGCUUACAUACAGCCUAAUAAAGAUAGACCUGUAGAAGGGGUCUGGGAAUGGUAGGACAAGGCAGGAGUGAACCGUACAGAUGUGGAGAAGGCCAGAAGGUAAAGGAGAGUGAGCAGUGUGCCCUUCUCAUGAUAUGGGGCUUCCAGGCAGGGACUCAUCAAUCACUGGGCCUCAGGGAGCCAGGCAGCUGGUAUAGAAAUAGAACAGGCCAGACAGCUAGCUAGAAGUGGAGAAAGACAAAGAGAAGAUCCUUAAAUCUAAUGAAAUAGUCAGUUGGUUCAUUAAGAAACAGACUUCUGAGAAGAAUUUGAGCCCCUGCAGAAAUAUUUAGAGGUCUGUGACCCCAUCCAUCAUUACUGAACUGUAUCAAAAUGCAGAGGACAUGCCAGGAGAUAUGGGUAGUGGAUUUCCAGGUAGUGAAGCAGCUCCAUCCACAGUUGAAGAGACCAACAAAAUGCAUCAAAAGAGAGACACAGCUUUUCAAAAUUGGAAAUCUCGCAUUUGUUGCCCAGCCUAGGUGCAGUGGCUGUUUAGAAAUCCACAUGUGAGAUGUUGUAUAUUCUAAAUACUUGAAUGUGUACAGGAGGAAAGAAGCAAACGGUGUUGGACUUUAUCACUACUGUAAACAAGUAGAAAUGUAACUCUUCUCUUUGGAAAUAAGAAUGUAAUUUAAAAUUGGGGUCAUUUAAAAAAAAAAAGCGGUAGGGGCAUCACUUCACUUCCUGAAAGUAGCUGAAACCAUAUAGCCUAAACACCUUCCUUAAACUCCUCCCUUCAGAACCACCUGGACUGUGGUUCCUUGGCUCUGCUAGGUGAUCAGACCUCCAUGUCACUUCUUAGCCAUUUCCAAAAAUUCCAUAGCUGCUUCUAGCUCCACUGUGUGUUUCGACAGUCAGCAAACAUAUUAGGCGCCUACUCUGUCAGGCCCUGUACUAAGUACUUGGGAUACCAAAAAGUCAAAAACCAAUGCCUUCUCUCAGGGUGCUUAUAGUCUAAUGAAGAAGACAACAUGCAAACAAAUGUGUACAAACAAUACACGAUAUAAAGUAUAAAUUGGAGAUAAUCAACAGGAGGAAAGUGCUAGCAUUAAGCAGGAUAGGAAAGUCUUCUUAUAGAAGAUGGGGUUUUAGCUGGGACUUGCAGGAAGCCAGGAGGUGGAGAUGAGGGGGAAGAAAAUUCCAGGCAUGAGGGACAGCCGUGGAAAAUGCCUGGAGGAGAGACUUGGAGUGUCUUAUGCAUUGAACAGCAAGGACGCUAAUGUCACUGCAUCACAGUAUGUAAAGGGUGAGUAAGAUGUAACAAGAAUGGAAAGGUAGGAGGGGAUUGAGUUAUGAAGAAUUUUGAAUGCCAAACAGGGAUUUUAUAAAUGAUCCUGAGGUGAAAGGGAGCCCCUGAAGCUUUUUGAAUAGAGUAUCUUGAUCACCAGGCCAAGCGUAUGUCAUACACAGAUGCCUAGGCUGGGACUCCAUUUAUUCAAUAUAUCUUUAAGUAUCUGCUAUGUACAAGUCUUUCGAGAUUCAAAGACAAAAACAAGGUAGUCCCUGUUCUCAAGGAGCUUACAUUCAGUUGGGGGUAGGGGAAGAAGGGAAUAACUUUUACAAAGAUAAGUAAACAUGGAGUAGGUACCAAAUAAAGUUACUGAUGACCUCUUAAUUACCAAGCUUAAUGGCCUCUCAGUUAUUAUCCUUCUUUACCUUUCUGCAGCCCUUUGAUACUGUUCAUAACUCUCUUCUUGAUACUCUUUUCUUUCCAGGUUUUUGUGACCUGCUGUCUCUUGGUCCCAUCCAUUACUUCCUCCUUCUCUCCCCACACCCCCAAGCCCUUUUUUCUUUCUAACUUUUCUAUUAUUGCCAAGUAUUACCCUCAACUGUUCACUGUCUCAUCCCCUAUAUCCAAUCUUGGCAAAUUCUGUCAAUAUCAUCUUCAUAACAUUUGUCAUAUGUCCUCCCCUUCUCUCCUCUGACAUUGCCAUCACAUGGUGCACAUCUUCGUUACCUCACGCCUGGACUAUUUCAAAAGGCUUCUGGUCUCAAGUGU